CAGAAGUUUCCGGAUCAGCAUGCUGUGGUAAACAAACGUCAGUCCUCCACAAACGCAGAAGUUUCCUCCUAGAGUCAGAGUAACUGAGUCUGCUCUCUGUGGUCUGUCUCUGUGGGUUAUAAUGGGAACACUGGUGCCCACUGCGCUCGUGUGUGCUGCAGACAGGCAGGUGGACUAGUCAGACAGGUUCUGGGACUGGACCUGGACGCCUUUUGUGUUAGUUCACCUUCUCUGAGGGCGAUGCAGGUGAAUGUAAAGUUACCAUGAAGAUAGUCGCGACUGCAGCGCUUCUACACCUGUGUUUCUGCGCCACAGCGGUAGUUUCGGUUGAUGAUGAUGACUCCACCGAGACGGCCCUGACAGCCGCACCGGGAGACGUCGCUCUGCUUCCGUGUUACUCCGCCGGGAAUGUGACACCGACUCUGACGACAUGGAUGAAGAAUGGACGAGAAGUCAUUUCAGGUGGAGUCUCCUCCUCACCUGCAGGGGAACAGCAGAGACUCGCAGUGCUGCAUGACGGGAGUCUGAACAUCCGGGGGGUGACACCUGGAGACGAGGGCAGUUACCUGUGCAGCUCCACGCUGCCAGGCAACAACACCUUUCGGGCGCGCGUGCUGCUGCAGGUAGCAGGUGGUCCAGAUAACAUCUCCUCAUCCAUCAGUCCGGCCACCACCCUCUCCAACGGGACCCUCACAGUCCACCGCGGUUCAGCCGUCUCCUUCAACUGCUCCGCCUCCUCCUAUCCGUCUCAGCAGCUCAGCUGGUCCUUCAAAGGAGCCACCUUCUACAACGAGUCUCUGGUGUCCUCAUCUGGAUCCUGGCUGGACUUCAGGAUAGACGACAUCCAGCCCAGAGAUCAGGGUGUUUAUACCUGCAGGGCCAACAACAACUUCACCAAUCAGGCUGUCAAUAAGAGCACACAGCUGCUGGUUUACUAUGUCCCAGACACACACCCUGAGUGCAUGUGGACUCCAGCACAGGACCCUUCCCACGUCCAGUUUACCUGCUUCUGGCUUGGAGCGUAUCCCGCUCCGACGCUGCACUUUGGGGAGGACAAGGGGGUCCAAGGAGCUGCCUCGGGGGGACAUAUGAAUGUAACAACGGUUGCAGAAAGCCUGUCUGUGAUGCUGAACCGCUCCGAGCUGUCCGAGGGUCACACUCUGAGGUGCACUGCCCGGCAUCCUGUGCUCGCUGCGAGGGAGAAGGAGUGCUCGUUGACCCUCACGCUACCAUUCCCCGAGGGUGAGCCUUUGAUCACGGCUAUGGAUGGUACAAGUGUGACUUUAAUAUGCACUGAGUCCACAUCCAUCCCACCUGCAAUCACCACCUGGACCAAAGGGCUGCAACAGGAGAGAAUCAACCCCGGGUCAAAGUACGCUGUGUCCGAGGAAGGCCCCGCCCUUAAGCUGACCAUCUUCAACAUCACGAAGGACGACGAGGGCGUCUACUUCUGCCAUAGCGAAAACCCGCUCGCCGUCAGAGAGCUGGAGGUCUACCUCACUGUGAGGACAGCCUCCUCAGCCUACACAGGAGCGAUCAUUGGGAUCUUUAUAGCCGUACUGAUUGUGGGAUCAGCGGCAAUCAUCGCUAAAACCGUGUACUCCAGCCGACACAGAAUGUGCCUCGGAGGAGGCUUUGGGCAAAUGGAGGAGGACAGAGGCGAUGUGCUGAGUCUGGUGGAGUCGGAUGACGAGCAGAUUUUUCAAGAUGCCGUUCCCCGACUGCCUCCGAUAACCAACGGCCACCAAACAACACUCGUCCAGAUUCACCGAAUCCCAUCGGUUGAUCAUGAAGAUGCAGAAACAGCAGACACAAGCCCUCAGCAGCAGGACGAUACUGUACAGACAGAAGAGUCAGUGGAUCUUGUAACAUUUUAGGUGUCAGGUGUUUUUAGUAGGUAUGUGUUUUCGUUUUAGUUAAAUACUACAUCCAAUGACAAUGUGAACAGAAAUGGUGGAAGACUGGUAUAAAAAAAACUGAUAUCUGUUAAUUUUUCAUUUUUUAAAACAGGGUUUACAGCUUUUUAAAGCUUGUUUCUAUGAUUGAUUUGUUUGUACAGCAUUUUGAAUGAGUUGCUCUGAUAUUGAUACUGAUGCAGUAAAUGAAGCUGUUCAAAAAAAAAAUGUGA